AUGGAUCCCAUGCAAUCACCUAUAGUCAGUUUAGUGCUUCUAUUAAUUCUUGAUCAUGUUUAUGCAGCAGAUGAAGAACCGUUAGACUCGGUUUCUCUCGAAUCUGGAAAGAAAAUUAAAAUUUCUUAUGUUCCCAGGAGAUUGUUAAUUGGAAAUGAGGAAUAUGUGCGAAUUGGAAACGGCAACCAGCUGGUUAGAGACCCCAAGAAACGAACCCGUAUCCUUGCAAGCGAGAAAGUUCGUUGGAGUUUGCACACUGCCAGAUUGCGAUUGACCAGAAAGAGAAAAUACUGCCAGUUUUUUACGAGAUUUGGGAAAUGCAGUAAAGAUGAUGGGAAGUGUCCUUACAUCCAUGACCCAUCAAAAGUCGUGGUCUGCACAAAAUUUCUGAAGGGCUCAUGCUUGAAUCCUGAAUGCAAAUUGACACACAAGGUCAUUCCGGAGAGAAUGCAGGAUUGUUCAUAUUUUCUGCAAGGGUUAUGCUCUAAUAAAAGUUGUCCUUAUAGACAUGUAAAUGUGAACCCAAAUUCAUCUAUUUGUGAAAGUUUUCUCAAAGGCUAUUGUGCUGAUGGCAAUGAGUGUCGGAAGAAACACACCUAUGUAUGUCCUGCUUUUGACGCAACGGGCAUCUGUCCUGAAGGUUCUAAAUGCAAGCUUCACCAUCCUAAAAGGAAGAGGGGAACCAAAAGGAAAUCUUUGUCUGAGCAGAAGAAUAUCCGAGGGCGAUACUUUGAUUCUGAGCCAUUUGAUAUUGCUGAAAGCCAAACAGCCAUAAUCGAGAGGCUCCCCGUGAAAGGUAAUGGUAACAUAGCUUGUCAAGAAGAACUUGAAGACUAUAUUUGUCUAGAUGUUGGCCAUGAGGAAGUGGAACAAAGUAUUGGGCCAUCAAGCAAACGAGUACGGGUAGAUAGCCCUUUGGAGGCAGAGGUGAUUGAUCUAGAUGAGCUGAUAAAACCUAUCCGUAUCAUGAACAGAAGUCAGUUCAAAGGAUAAAUAAGGCAAUGCAUCUGUAUAGUAACCAUUUGUUGUUGCAGUUUUAUUGUGAUUUAUUGAUGUGAUAUCAAUACAUAUUGAUUGAUAGGUCAUAGGUUUAGGUAACAUUGUUUUACUUACAGAUUUGUAAGAACAAGUUGAGGAAAAUGGAAGUUUUGAAGCUUUAUUUUCUAGA